CUGGUUGUUGUAGUUCCUAUGUGGAGUAAACCACAUACUGUAAUGUCUUUGAGUAAACCUGUCAAUCCGAGGAUUGCAGAAGUACUGUGUUGAUAAUCCGUCUGCUCUUCCCCUCUACAUAUCGAGCUGCUGGCACAGUUCUUGACAUUGGACUAACGUUACCGGCAUGUUGGGAUUCGGUAAAUUGUUAUACUAGCUAGUUGUUGAAUUUAGCGUUAGCCAACAGCUAGCUAGUUAGCAUCAGAAAGCGCACCAACUUCACAGUCAGUAGGUAGCAAAUAUUUCCCUAGAACACUGCCUAUGAGCUAGUUUGCAACAGUAACGUUAGCUACUUCUACACUGCAGACCCCAGGCCAAGCACAACGACGCAGACACCACUCGACCUUUCUACCUCCUUGUAGUGCCUAGUGGAUGGACGCCGCCCUGUGGUGGAUAAUGGAAUUGGUGUGAAUUGCAUUCAAUGUAGACUCACUGGGGAGAGACUGAUCUAUUAUAGACAGCCCCGGGAUGGAGGCCCACAGCUCAAGCCGGUCCAGCCUGUCCAGGAAGAGGAGGAGAGACGGGUCUAACGGAGAGACCGAGGAGGUAGAACGGCCAGGGAAAGUACCAAGAUCCACCGUGGGUUUAAAAGAUCCCGCCCCCUAUGCUGAUGAGCUAGAGUCGGCUGAGGACACUCCAUACCUGCGAGUCAGUAUGGAGGAGGCCAAGAGGGGAACUCCAUUUGAUAGGCCAGUUCGGGUAUAUGCAGAUGGCAUCUUUGAUGUGUUCCACUCAGGCCAUGCCCGGGCCCUCAUGCAGGCCAAGGGCCUCUUUCCGAACACACACCUCAUUGUGGGCGUGUGUAGUGAUGACCUGACACACAAGUUCAAAGGGUUCACGGUGAUGAACGAGGACGAGCGCUACGACGCAGUCAGCCACUGCCGCUACGUGGACGAGGUAGUCAGGAACGCGCCCUGGACGCUUACACCCGAGUUCCUCUCCAAGCACAGAAUCGACUUUGUUGCCCAUGACGACAUCCCAUAUACAUCAGCAGGCCAGGACGACGUUUACAAGCACAUCAAGGAGGCGGGCAUGUUUGCACCUACCCAGAGAACGGAGGGAAUCUCCACCUCGGACAUCAUCACGCGCAUCGUCCGCGACUAUGAUGUAUACGUGAGACGCAACCUGCAACGCGGCUACACGGCCAAGGAGCUCAACGUCAGCUUCAUCAAUGAGAAGAAGUACCACCUGCAAGAGCGUGUGGACAAGGUGAAGAGGAAGGUGAAAGAUGUGGAGGAGAAGAGUAAAGAGUUUGUGCAGAAGGUGGAGAACAAGAGCAUCGACCUCAUCCAGAAGUGGGAGGAGAAGUCCCGGGAGUUCAUUGGCAACUUUCUGCAGAUGUUCGGCCCUGAGGGAGCACUGAAGCACAUGUUGAAGGAGGGCAGAGGCCGCAUGCUGCAGGCCAUCAGCCCCAGCAGCAGCCCCACCCGCGAGCGCUCCCCCUCGCCCUUCUUAAACAAGCCCUCACCUUCCCCUCCAUCCCACCACAGCGCAGCACGGGGAUACCCCAUCAGCGAGGAUGAUGAGUCUGAUGAAGAUUAAGGCUCCCCUUUUUUUUUUAUCUUGGUCUGUUAAUCCCGCCCCUCGACAAUAUCAGCAUUCAACCCCUCCA